AUGCGUAAACGGCUUCUUAUUUUUACAUCUGACGUUAAUGCAUCGGCGGACAGUGUGGCGUGUUUCGACAUUUUCUGGCUGUGCUGGAGGUUGAUGGGCAUUGCCGUCAACUCCAAAAAAUGGUACACAACGCUCUACGAUAUUGGCGUGAAUAUAUUCGUUACCAUAUUCUACCCAAUACAUCUGACAAUCGGUUUGUUUCUUGUGCCUACGCUAGCGGAUGUCUUCAAGAACUUGGCCAUAAAUAUAACGGAUGUUGCCUGCAGCACAAAGCAUUUUCUCUUUCGUUACAAGCUGCCGAAAAUUCGCGAAAUUCAGCGUCUACUAAAGGAACUAGAUGAGCGUGUUGUGGCGCCAGACGAGCGCAACUACUUCAACGCAAGUAUAAGAAAUGGCGUGCGAAGAAUCAUGUUGAUAUUUUGCGUCUCCUAUGCUGCCGAUGCAGUGGCGUCCGCCAUAGAUGUGUUGACGAAAAAGGAGCGAGAGCUAAUGUACCCCGCAUGGUUCCCGUUCGAUUGGUCGGCAAACAGGUAUACUUAUUACGCUUCCGUACUAUAUCAGAUUGUCGGUGUCUCGCUGCAGAUCACACAAAACUUGGCACACGACACAUUCGCCCCGGUCAGUUUGUGUGUGAUGGCGGGUCAAGUGCGUUUGUUGGCCAUGCGUGUGUCAAAGGUCGGCUAUGAUGUGUCGAAGACACUUGUCGAGCAUGAGCGCGAUUUGAACGAAUGCAUCGAGGAUCACAAGAAGCUGUUGAAAUUAUUUAAUUUACUGCAAGAUGUUUUCUGGUAUACUCAAUUGGUUCAGUUCUCCUCGGUUGGCUUGAAUAUUUGCCUCACCGUUGUGUUCAUGCUCCUAUUUGUUGACAAUCUGUUUUCCUACAUUUACUAUAUGGUAUAUUUCAUCUCAAUGGCUAUGGAGCUACUGCCGGCCUGUUAUUAUGGCAGCAAAAUGCAGGAAGAGUUUCAGGACUUACCUUAUGCGAUUUUCAAAUGCAAUUGGAUUGCGCAGCGUAAAAGCUUUCAGCAAAACCUUCGUAUAUUUACGGAGCUCUCGAAGAAACAGCUCACGCCGACUGCUGGAGGAAUGAUCAACAUACAUUUGACUUCGUUUGUGGCCACUUGCAAAAUGGCUUACUCGUUGUAUACGGUCUUAAUGAAUAUGAAGUAG